CAUUCAGACACCUGUGCCUCCAUGACACGGAAACUAGCAGAGCGUGGAGAUAUUAGUCGGAGUGCACAAAGGGACCGUUGUUUGAUCAAACAUCCUCACCAUUAUAGAACACAGCAGCACACAUCGAUGCAGAUAGAGAGAUGAGCAACACAUCGGAAGAUCUCCUGAUCAUCUAUGAGGCGGAGGCAGAGCAGUGGGCAUCGUACCUGCGCUUCCAGCUGACAGGCCCAAUCCCUGAGACUGGUAUUUGUUGUUAUGAUAUUGCUAUGGUGACCAGUCGCCAGGAUGACUUCUUGAGAUUGGGAAAGUACAAAUGUAAGCUGCUUAUCCUGUCGCGUGGCAUGCUGGAGGGGCUAUGCCAGCUCCGGCGGUUCUUUCUGGCUCGUGUCUUGCGACCGGAGACCCGUGUGGUAAUUCUCCUGUGUGGGGUGGAGAGCCUGGAUCCUCUGCUGGAGCUAGUUCCAGUGAAGGGGGAGAAGUGCCUCCAGAUCUCCAGCGAACAGGACCCCCAGGACUAUCGAUUGGCUGUAGCAGAGAUUGUACACAGAGGUAUACAGACAGCAGCAGUGGAUGGAAGAUCAGUCCAGGAGUUGAAAGUAGAGAAGAAACUGUCUAGUUGUACUCUUGGCGCUAAUGAGACUUUAUUGGUCCUACCCAGCCGUGUACCAUGUGAGAAUCCAGGAAAGGUAUUCAUUCUUCUGCAGGAGAUCAUGGCCUGCAAAGAUGCUGAGGUUGAGUUCAGUGGGAACAAGCAGAGAGUGAGAGUGAAGCCUGUGAAUUGGAAUGAGAGCACACUGAGUGUCACUGCACCUGAUUUUACUGCUGGAGAGGUGAUUGUGACACUUUACAGUAAAGGCCAGUUUAAAGGCAAUGCCUGCAUACAAUACUACACUAUCAUGGGAGACAUUGCCCAAUUCCUACAGCAGGCUGCAGAUCCUGUGAAGUUUAUGUGCCAGGCCUUUCAGGUGUCUUCCUUGGAAAAGCUGGAUCAAAUUCUAGCUUCUUGUCUGGUCAAGAAAAUGCCGACAGGAGGUUUCCAUGGCCUACAGUGUGAUCAGUCUCCUGCUGCGGAGUGUAGCUCAGAGGACAUUCCUACUCUCCUGCAUUUUGCUGCCCAGCAUGGAUUACGAGAUCUGGCCUGUGCUCUACUGCAGUGUCCGGGAUCCCGGCAAGCCCUAAAGAUCUCCAACAGUCAUGGAAAUACACCGUUGAAUCUUGCACAUGCACAUGGGCAUGACCUCUACAUCCUCCUACGGGAGUCAUUGGUUUUUGAUGACAAUGAUGGCAACACUGACACCAGUGUAUAUGAGUUGAUGGGCAGAGCAGAUAAUCUUCGGGUGGGUGAUCAUAAUGAGGAACAUCAAGACAAUUACGAUGAGAAUCUCUAUACUCCUCUGGGUAGAAAUGAGGAAGAGUAUGACACCAUCCUUAGACCCAGCAGCCCUGUGGUAAUAGUGAACCGCCCCCCUGCACCGACCCCACGGCCUGAUUCACUUCCCACCCCGGAGAACAAGACUCCGUUCAUAGCACAAGUAUUCCAAAAGAAAAAGUCCCAAGGAGAUGCUGAAACACUAUACUCUCUUCCUGCUAGACAGGCGAGGCAGAGGGAUAGCAUCUCGUCCACGUAUGACACCUUUGUGCCCAGUCAGCCGCCAGGACUGGACGAGCUGAUCAAACUUCAGGAGGAGGUGAAGAUGGGCACUCUAAGUAUAGAUGAUGCUCUGGAUAGAUUCAAUGACUGGCAAAGGCUUCAGAAGGGAAUGGACAGCGUCCAACAGGAGAAAAUGCAGCAGUUGAGGGCAACAAUCAUCAGCAACAGAGAGGAUGAUGAAAGUGUCUAUGAUAAAAUCAGCAUUAUUCAUCACACGCCAACUGCACCUGCAAAUGAGUGUCGAAGAUCAAGUCAGCAACUGGACACAGAGUUCUACAGUAAACCACUUAAAGGACAGAAUUCAAAUUUCUUGAAGAAGGCAGACAAGCAGUAAAAUCAUCCUGUUUGAGGAUUUAAAAUGCUGCUCUGAAGAAAAGCAUUACACAGGAACUGAUACAUUGUAGGUUAUAUCAACACAGUACAAUUUGUAGCCAAACUGUGUUUUUUUUUUUUAGCGAAGUGGUGGCUAAUUUGUAUGAAUUUGUACAAUCCCAAAUUUGUUAGGGUUAGGGGUGGAACUUCAUGCUUCCUUUCUUUAUUUACUUUUUUUUUAAAUCAUGUUUUCAUAUAAAUCACUUCACAUUCAUACAAAAGUGCCAUCAAGUAAAAUAUUAUUUUUUUUUCAGAUGAGAUUUGGUUAGUUAGCAAUUAAAAAAAAAGACUAUAAUGACUCUUAUCAUAUCCCAAUAUUCACUAUUUUACUAUCCCACUAUUUGUUUCUUGUUUAAAUUUUACUUAAUGCUUCAUAACAUGAACUGCGAUUGACUUCUAAAGACUUUAGUAGAUCUUUUUAGCCUUCACAACCACUGCUUACUUUUACUUUUAUUACAAAUAUACUUUGUAUAUUAUUUGGACAACACAUUUAUCAUUUCUUGAAAAUGUUGUCAAAUGUAUUAUUUAUAUCCAAUAAAGAGCAUUAAAUGUGAGAUUCCACUAUAA